AUGGAUGGCAGCCUCAGCGUGCUCCCAGCACUGUAUGCCCGGCCCACCGCACAAAACGCACAGGCCCAUGCUGUGCUGUACAGCGAAGGCGAAUGCACUAGACGCUCCCCCGAGGCGCUAUGCAAUGCACCCCACCCUUCUACCGCCCGAGUACCUACGCAGUACAUGCAGCGACCGUGUGGAAGAGCUGCCCUGUCUCCCCACCGUGAUGCUACCAAUUCCGGGCCCGAAACCUGCUUCUCUGGGCCUGCACGGAGUAUUGGCCUAGACCAAGCCAGUGACAACACGGGGUGGGACACCACUGUAACGCCGACGCCGUUCUGUGCUGGAUUGUACUGCCCUGCUCCAGCGGCGUCUCCAGCGACCGCGCCGUGGUACCGCCCACGUACCCGCCAAGUAUCUGCUGGCCCGGUAGCUACGGCUUGUGCUCGCCUGUCGACAGGAUUCCCCCCCAAAAUUGAAACCUGA